CCCAAAGGUGUCCUCGAGGAAAAGGAUAACGAUCGCCAAACCGUUACCGUCAGGAGAGACAAAGACAAGACAGACAAAGACGCAACAAAGUCAUCUUCCUUUGUGCGCCCGAAACAGCUGAUAUCCUCUUCUCCGCCCCCCCAACCAACUUCCAACUCCCGGCCAUCAGGCCACGCUCAUCUUUCGUCUCUCGUGUGUGUGUGUGUGUAUGUGUGUCUACGACCUGCACACAUACACCACAAAACAAAAGACUUAUUCUUGUCUCUGAUUACACAAUCUCCACAUCUUCUCAACCAUGAAGCCGACAACAGCGAUCCUCCUCGUCGCCUCUCUCGCGUCUACCACCCUCGCCUUCGCCCUCCCCGGCAUCCUCGAACCGCGGCGGGUCGAGAAGAAGGGCGAUGGCAAGUACUUCCACGAGCCUGGCGGCAACGACGAGUUGGGCCACUAUGACGAGCGCUACUUCCAGGGCAUGGUGGGCUACGACGAGCACCGCGUCAACCUGCGCAACCUCGUGCGCAGCUACCUGACUGUCUUCCGCGCGCUGGGCGUCGAGACGUGGCUCGCCCACGGUACCCUCCUGGGCUGGUGGUGGAAUGGCCAGAUCAUGCCUUGGGACUACGAUCUCGACACCCAGGUCACCGCCGCCACGCUACAAUACCUCGGCGAUCACUACAACCGCACCAUGCACGAGUAUCGCUACCGCGACGAGACCACUGGUGAGGAGCGCACCAAGGUCUACCUGCUCGACGUCAAUCCCAACCACGUCGACCGCCAGCGCGGCAACGGUAUGAACGUCAUCGACGCCCGGUGGAUCGACACUAGCAACGGCAUGUUCAUCGACAUCACCGGCCUCGCCGAGCGUGACCCCAAGCGUGCACCAGGUAUCUGGGCCUGCAAGAACAACCACCGCUACAAGACCACCCAGCUCUACCCCAUGCGCGAGACCGAGUUCGAGGGCGUGACUGCGACUGUGCCCUACUCUUUUGAUAAUAUCCUUGUCGAGGAGUACGGCAAGAAGAGUCUGGUCACCACCACCUGGCAAGGGCACCAAUGGAACCCCGAUGUCAAGGAAUGGGUGAAGCAGGAAAAGUAA